GCAACUAAACCUGGUUGCACGGUGUGUGCGUGACGUCACGGCAGGGAGUUGUGUCGCGCGGUUAUGCGUUCUUGAGUAUCUCCUCCGCCAUUGAAAGAAAGUAUUUCGCGUACGGUUCGGCGGCUAUCUUGCUCUCUUUCACGGUGUAUGACGAGCGGCAUGCGAAGAAGCGCGUUGGAUAUAUGACGUAGGAGAGGGCGUACGUAAAGGAGGACCGUAUUCGAGAAGUCCCGUGGCCGUGGCUGGCGCGCGUGUAUCUUCAAUUUCGUGAAAGAAUUUAAUAUAAAGCCAUCUCGAGGGACCGCACAACACGUCCUCUCUUAUUUUUACGAAACCGGCUGUAACGACGGUGGUAGUUAAGUCCCCGGUGGCGGCAGGAGAGCGCGCGCGCGCGCGCGUCCGUGUGACUGCGCGUGAGAAGAAGAUAUAUUAUAUACGCGUUGAAUCUUCGUGCCGUGCUGUGCCGUGCCGUGUCGUGUCGUGUCGUGUGUGCUCCUGGUAUGCUCGCAAGCUCGCUACCGAUAAUCCUUUAGCAAAGCAAGCUUUGUAAUAUUACGCGUGGGAUAAAAAAAAAAGAAAUAAAACGUACCGUUGUUUUCUCACAGUCGGAGAGUAUUUUCUACUCGUUACAAAAAGAAAGAAAAAAAGAAAAGAAAAGAAAAAAGGUUUUUAACGCGCGUUGCAUCUCGCCGCGCGUGUGUGUGUAUGCGAGAUGGCCGGUAAGUAAGCGGCACACGCAGCUCUCUCUCCCUCGUAUUCUCUUGUCCGCGUUGCGUCUGCUCAUAUGUAUCUCUCUAAUUAGAGUGAGGUAGAGAUAGAGAUAGAGAUAGAGAUAGAGAGAGAGAGAUAGAGAAUAGAAAGAUAGAGAGAGACAGGUUACUCACCACGAGUACUCUUAUGUAUAUAUAUAUGUGUAUGUGAAUAUAUAUAUAUAUAUACACACACACACGUCUCUAGUACGCGUGUCUCUAUCUAUACGCGUGCCUUACGGUGCAAGAAAAGAGAAAAUAAAAAAGUGAUAGAAAGAGAGAGAGAGAGAGAGAGAGAGAGAAAGAGAGGGAGAGAGAAAAAAGGAGUAGAGAGCCAUCGAGACAGCGUGAUUAUUCUUCUUCUGCGUCUCUCUUGGCUCCUCGAGUUUCUUCGUCGCGUUCCUUACGUACAUUUGUCGCGUUCCUCUUUGUGCAACCGUUUCACCGUGCCGCACCGUACCGCGGCAGGGUGAACCUUGACCUAGUUAUCUCGUGGGGUUCACGGGUAUAUAUCUGCAGCAGCGCUACGUGCAACUGGGGGCUUACCUUCCGCCAUUUAUCUCUUUCUCUUUUCUCUAUCUUCCUUGAUUUCUUCGCAUAUUCUCUCGAAUAUUAUCUCGCACGCGCCCACCGCACGCCGCGCGCUCACGAUUCUACGCUCUCCUCGUGCGUCGCGCGAGGCCAGAUGCGCUUGUCGCCGGUAGCGACCGCGACCGCGACGGCGACGGCGACAACGGUGGCGACGGCGAAGCCGGUAGCGGCCUAGAAGCAUGAUGGAUUACGCCGAAACUUCAAGCAAUGGUGACAUUCAGUGGUGUUUUUCGCAAGUGAAAGGGACUUUGGAAGACGACGUUACCGAAGCUGAUAUAAUAUCGUGUGUUGAAUUUAAUCACGAUGGUGACCUUCUUGCAACUGGGGAUAAGGGCGGACGAGUUGUUAUUUUUCAAAGGGAUCCUAUUAGUAAAAACAGUAUACCACGGAGAGGUGAAUAUAAUGUAUACAGCACUUUCCAAAGCCAUGAGCCUGAAUUUGAUUACCUGAAAUCAUUAGAAAUAGAGGAAAAAAUUAAUAAAAUUAGGUGGUUAAAAAGAAAAAACCCUGCACAUUUUUUACUUUCCACGAAUGAUAAGACAAUAAAAUUGUGGAAAGUUAGUGAAAGGGAUAAAAGAGUGGAAGGAUAUAAUACGAAAGAAGAGAAUGGUGCGAUCCGGGACCCUGCCUGUAUAACUGCCUUGAGGGUGCCAACCAUAAAACCAAUGGAAUUAAUGGUAGAGGCAUCACCAAGGAGAAUAUUUGCCAAUGCGCACACUUACCAUAUAAACAGUAUAAGUGUAAACAGUGAUCAAGAAACGUACCUCAGUGCAGAUGAUCUUAGAAUUAAUUUGUGGCAUCUUGAAAUUACUGAUCAGAGUUUUAAUAUAGUAGAUAUAAAGCCUACUAACAUGGAAGAAUUGACAGAAGUCAUAACAGCUGCAGAAUUUCAUCCUGUAGAAUGUAAUGUCUUGGUUUAUAGUAGUAGCAAAGGGACCAUCAGACUUUGCGAUAUGAGAUCUGCUGCUCUUUGUGAUCAUCAUAGUAAACUUUUUGAAGAACCAGAAGAUCCGACCAAUAAGAGUUUUUUCUCAGAGAUAAUCUCAAGUAUAAGUGAUGUUAAGCUCAGUAAUUCUGGUAGAUACAUGAUUAGUAGGGACUACCUCAGUGUUAAAGUGUGGGAUCUACAAAUGGAAACAAAACCCAUUGAAUGCUAUCCUGUACAUGAAUAUUUAAGAUCAAAAUUAUGUUCACUUUAUGAAAAUGAUUGCAUCUUCGACAAAUUUGAGUGCUGUUGGAGUGGUAAUGAUUGUGCCAUUAUGACAGGCUCAUAUAAUAAUUUCUUUAGAGUAUUUGAUCGUAAUACCAAACGUGAUUUAACUUUGGAAGCAGCACGUGACAUUGCCAAACCAAAAACUCUUCUGAAGCCUCGUAAGGUGUGCACUGGUGGUAAACGUAAAAAGGAUGAGAUUAGUGUCGAUUGUCUGGAUUUCAACAAAAAAAUAUUACAUACUGCGUGGCAUCCAUCUGAAAAUGUUGUAGCAGUUGCAGCCACAAAUAAUCUUUUCUUAUUCCAAGACAAACUCUAGCACAUCUGCAUGCAAAUAAUACAACGGUAUAUAUUGACGUGAGCGAGGCACGUUGAAUUAAAUAGGCACGGUGAAAUAAUAGGUGUCUGAAUUACACUGACGAAAGUCGACUAUUUGCAUGUCAAUGGUCGACUGACAGAAAAGUGGUGUACAUAGCGCCGUCCACACAGCUCACACGUUCAUAUAAGUUAUAUAUACACCUACAUGCAGAGAUUUGCACCUGAUACCUUGCCACGCGCAUACAUGUACAUAAAUGCAUGUAAGUUAAGACACAUGCAUAAAAGCUCCCAAAACUCUUAAGUUGACUAGUUCAAAUAAGUUUGCACAUGGAGUCACUCUCAAUUGAUAAAGUGAAUCGUCUAAUCAAUUAUUUGACAAUUGUAAUGACGAUUACUAUAAAGUUUUCUUACACCAAACGUGCAGCUGAAUUUUUAGCUUACUUGUGCUAUUGCAGUAAUUGCGCUACUACACUAUGCAGAGACGGUCAGUGAAAAUAUCUAAUUCGCUCAUAUAUUAUAUAAAAAGUGUUUUAACGUAACGUCUUACGAUCAGUUAUAAAAAUAAUACUAUCAAUGAAAGACAGUGGAUAUAUAACCGAUGUUUCGGCAGGAGCUGAUUAUAUAGCACAGGCAAUUUGGCUUUAUUUAUCCACUUGAUUAUCAAAUUGGGUUUUAAAAAAAAAAAAAA